GUCAAGGAGUCAAUCGAAUCCAUCUGUCUGGAUCUUCUCCUUCUCUAUUAAUAAAGCAAAGGGAAUGCACAAACAUCAAACAACUUCCCCAUUUACUUGGUCGACUGCGACGGCCAGUGGAAGGUAGCGUUUGCCGAUGGAAGCCGAGUACGACGGCGGCGGCGGCGGCGGCGGCGGCGAUCUGGAGUCGUCCCUCCUCUCCGGCGACUCGCAACUCGAUGAGCAUCGCGCCUCCCGCAUUCGCCGCAUGGCCUCCAACACCACCUCUCAGCUCGCGAUCAUCGGCUCCAAACUCUGCCCCAUAGAAAGCCUCGACUACGAGUUGAUCGAGAAUGACUUCCUCAAGCAGGAUUGGCGUAGCCGGGAGCCGGUGCACAUCGUGCAAUACGUCAUCCUCAAGUGGACUCUGUGCUUCCUCGUCGGCGCCCUGUCCGGCGCUGUUGGAUUUUUCAACAACCUUGCCGUCGAGAACAUCGCUGGUGUCAAGUUCGUGAUUACCUCCAAUAUGAUGCUUGCCAGCAAGUAUGGAUGGGCAUUUGCGGUGUUCGCGGGGUCAAAUUUUGUGCUCCUCAUGUUUGCUUCGGCCAUCACCAUCUUCAUCUCGCCAGCGGCAGCUGGAUCUGGAAUUCCUGAAGUGAAGGCAUACCUGAACGGUGUCGAUGCUCCUCAAAUUUUCUCAUUGAAGACGUUGUGUGUGAAGGUGGUAGGUUCCAUUGCUGCGGUGUCCUCAUCUCUUCAUGUGGGCAAGGCUGGUCCGUUAGUUCAUACAAGUUCCUGCAUUGCAUCCAUACUCGGGCAAGGAGGAUCUCGGAAGUACAACCUAACCUGGAGAUGGUUGAGGUACUUCAAGAAUGACAGAGAUCGGCGGGAUUUAGUAACCUGCGGAGCUGGUGCUGGAAUUGCUGCUGCUUUUCGUGCACCAGUUGGUGGUGUUCUUUUUGCAUUGGAAUGUGUCUCCUCAUGGUGGCGAAGUGCAUUGCUAUGGAGAGCAUUCUUCACUACAGCAGUGGUCGCGGUUGUGCUCAGGGCAUUGAUUGAUAUUUGUAGAAGUGGUAAAUGUGGCUUAUUUGGGAAGGGCGGACUUAUCAUGUUCGAUGUCACUUCUGCUGAUGUGUCUUAUCACCUUGUUGAUCUACCUCCAGUCAUUGUUUUAGGAGUAAUAGGUGGAAUGUUGGGAAGCUUCUACAAUUUUGUGCUGGAUAAGGUUCUUAAAGUCUACAAUUUUAUUCACAAGAAAGGCCAUGGAUACAAAUUUUUUCUUGCUGCUUCAGUUUCCAUAUUCACCUCCUGUUGCCUAUUUGGAUUACCUUGGCUUGCGUCUUGUAAACCUUGCCCGGCUGGGUUAUCCGAAGCUUGUCCAUCAAUAGGAAGAUCUGGUAAUUUCAAGAAGUUUCAGUGUGCGCCUGACCACUAUAAUGAUUUGGCUAGUUUAUUUUUCAACACCAAUGACGAUACAAUCAGAAACCUCUACAGUGCUGGCACAGACAAUGUUUUCCAGAAAUCUUCAGUAUUAUUGUUCUUUGUCACCUCCUAUUUUCUUGGAAUUAUCAGUUAUGGUCUGGCAGUUCCUUCUGGUCUUUUUGUGCCAGUUAUUUUAUGCGGUGCAACUUUUGGACGCCUUGUAGGUAUGCUUAUGGGUUCCCAUUCGACUCUUAACCAUGGUCUCUUUGCUGUCCUCGGUUCUGCUUCCCUUCUAGCUGGUUCAAUGAGAAUGACUGUUUCAGUCUGUGUAAUUAUGCUAGAAUUAACCAACAACCUUCUACUUCUUCCCCUGGUCAUGCUGGUUUUGCUUAUAUCCAAGACUGUAGCUGAUGCUUUUAAUUCUGAUGUCUAUGAUUUGAUUGUGAAAUUGAAGGGGCUCCCUUAUCUUGAAUCUCAUGCCGAGCCUUACAUGAGACAUCUUACAGUUGGUGAUGUGGUUAGUGGUCCUUUGCAGAUAUUCAAUGGGAUUGAAAAGGUUAGCAACAUAUUCCAUGUGCUGAAGAGCACUGGACAUCAUGGCUUCCCUGUGAUAGACGAGCCUCCUCUGUCUGAUACACCUGUUCUUUUCGGUCUGAUUCUUCGUUCGCAUCUACUUGUUCUGUUGAAGAAGAAACAAUUUGUUUGUACCCGCAGAGUUGCAGGUUCCGAAGCUUCAAUACAACUCUCAGCUGAUGAUUUUGCCAAACGUGGAUCUGGCAAGCAUGAAUUUAUUGAAGGCAUUGAGUUGACUGCUGAAGAGAUGAAUAUGUAUGUUGAUUUACACCCAUUCACAAACACUUCGCCUUACACUGUUGUUGAGACGAUGUCUUUGGCGAAAGCUCUGAUUCUUUUUCGAGAAGUUGGUCUGAGACAUCUCUUGGUUAUCCCCAAGUCCUCUUCGAGGGCACCUGUAGUUGGCAUAUUAACGAGGCACGAUUUCAUGCCCGAGCAUAUACUUGGAUUGCAUCCUUUCCUAUGCAGGAGCAGCUGGAAGAAAUUAUGGUUUAGAAAAUUGAAUUCUAGUGAUCUUAGUUUGUUCAAGAAAUGACAGCUGAACUGAAACUCAAUGUUAUUUUGAUUGGGAAUUCAUCAUUUAGCUUUCUGAUACAAUUGCUUUAUAUAGGAUGAAAUCAGCUUCGUAUGAAUUUUGUUUAUAUUUUUGGCCAGUAAGUUCUGUUAAGUUCCUUCCCUACAGCUUGCGAUACCGGUAGGAACAAUUUGAUUCUGAAUUUGUUGAAACAGUCUUACCCAGAGAUGCAUUAAGUGUAUAUAUUGGGUGAAGUGCAAGAUUGCUUCCAAAGAAAUUAAUAGCUCCUCUCCUAGAAAUUAAUUGCAUCCCCAAUGAAGGUCAUGGAAGAAUGAGAUGUGGUGUUUAUUUUUAUAAUCAAUUUGGCCAAUUGAUUAAGGUUUAGGGUUUCGAGUUUCAAAGUAUUAGUGUAAACUAUGUUAAUUUAUUGUAAAAUAUCAUGCUCACAGUUAAAUACUUAGCAGAGACUUCCUGUCA